ACUUUCAUGGCGCGAAUACGUCCCUGAAUAUUGUUUCGUACAAGUCUCAAGACUUUCCUUUCAUUCUCAAUUCUCAUUCGAUAAUUACCUCAGCCGAAGUAGGCAUGCCAUCGUGCUUCACAGUAUGCUCGGUAGUUUGUGAGCGUGCCACAAUAUGUUUUAAAUCUUCCGCGUCCAGUUUCGAGGGUUUGUUAUUCUGUGAACAAUGAGGAAAUUGUGAUCUCUGUGAUUGUAGUUAGGUUUAUGUGAACUAUGUUGGUGAUCGGUGGUUGGACUACGAGUAGAUCGAGUGUUAGUGAUUGGUUAAGAACAGUGGUUUUUUUGGCGGUUUCCUCAUGGAUUACCAACGUCAGUUCAUCGGAUAUCAGAUGUCCGCAUCCUGCAGUUCCAGUUAACGCCGAACUGACACUCAGCAAGACUGAUUUGACUUACGGGACUAUAGCUUCCUACAAAUGUAAAGAAGGGUUUGAACUUUUUGGCAAUAGUGAGGUAGUUUGUCAACAAUCUGGAAGAUGGAAAGGAGAAUUACCAUUUUGCGGUACCAACGUAGCAUACAGAAAACCAAGCAAUCAGUCCACAUCUGUGAGAGGCGGAAGUGCAGAGAACGCAAACAGUGGACAAAAAGCCGAAUCAGAAAACUCGAAAUGCUCUGAAACCCAAAAGGAAGCUAGCCCGUGGUGGAGCGUCGAUCUUCUGAAGCCUUAUCCAGUGAAGGUUGUCCGGAUCACCACCAGAGGUUGUUGUGGUCAUCAGCCCCUGCAGGAUUUAGAAAUACGGGUUGGAAAUAGCAGUGGUCAACUUCAGAGGAAUCCUCUAUGUGCAUGGUUUCCUGGGACCUUAGAUGAAGGCAUCACAAAAUCAUUCACGUGUGCGAGAAAUAUAAUUGGUCAAUAUGUCUUCCUGCAAUUGGUUGGAGUGGAUGGAUCCCUGUCACUUUGCGAUGUAGAGGUAUUUACGUCAGAUGAGCUCUCCAUAGAUGAUUGCUCUCCACCAGGUGCACCCGCAGAUUUGCAGUUGACCUCAUUCAACAGAACCUGCUACGAAUUCGGUGUGACACAAGGAAGGUCGUUCAAAGAUGCCCGAUCUUAUUGUCAAAAGUUCAAAGGCGACCUGGUCCACGGUAUGGGAAGAAGUGCGACGUCAUUCCUUUACUCGGAGUUGGAGAGGAGGAAAAGCUCCUUCAAAACUCAGCUGGUUUGGAUAGGAGCGCAGAAGGAACCCAAUAAAGCAUCGAGGACAUGGAGGUGGACUAAUGGAGAAAUAAUCUCGGGUCCAGCAUGGGGCAGUGAUCAACCAAAUAACUACAACGGAGAACAAAACUGCGUGGUUCUGGAUGGUGGUAGGAAAUGGCUCUGGAACGAUGUUGGCUGCAAUUUGGAUUACUUACAUUGGAUCUGCCAAUAUGAACCAUCAAGUUGUGGGAGUCCCGAUAAGAAAGAGAACACAACCAUAAUAGGCACAGACUACAGAAUCGGAUCCAUUGUACAAUAUAAAUGCCCCGAAGGCCACAUGCUAGUUGGGGAACCAUCGAGGCGCUGUUUAAACAAUGGCGUUUGGUCUGGGGGGCCUCCCUCCUGUAGAUAUGUGAAUUGUGGCCCUCUUCCCGACAUUGAACAUGGCUACGUGACGUUGAAAGAAAGCCGAACAACGUUCGGGGCACAGGCUGUAUAUACCUGCGGGGAUAACUACACGCUGGUCGGGAACAAAAUGAGAGAAUGCGACGAGAACGGAAUAUGGUCGGAUAGUGCACCGCAAUGUCUUUUUACUUGGUGCGAUGAUCCGCCUGGUAUUGAAGGUGGAGUGGUGAAAGUGGUCGGGAAAAAAGCAGGAGAUGUGGCCGUUUACUCCUGCGAACCUGGAUUCUUGUUGAUGGGAAAACCGACUCUCACCUGUGAAUUUGGAGGAAAAUGGUUGGGAAAAACUCCCUCCUGUAGAUACAUCGACUGCGGACCACCCCCAAGGAUACAGAAAGGAUCCUACCAACUCCUCAACGAAACAACCUUUCUAGACAGUGUGGUUGAAUACACGUGUGAUGCAGAUUACUGGAUAGAUGGCGAGAAAUUCCAAAGGUGUACGAGUGAAGGGAAAUGGUCGGGAGAUACGCCUUCUUGUGAAUUAAUAACCUGUCCAGAACCUGAUGUUCCACCUGGAAGCUACGUUGUGGGUUAUGACUUCAACGUGAACUCUGUAAUCGAAUACCAUUGCGAAGCCGGUCAUGUUUUGAAGGGGCAGUCGACGCUCACUUGUUUAAGGUCAGGAGAAUGGUCGGGAAUUGUUCCUAUUUGUGAAUUCAUCGAUUGCGGUCAGGUUCCUCCACUAAUCCACGGAGAAGUAAUUCACACGAACAAAUCGACCUAUCUGUUCAGCGAAAUCACAUACAAAUGUUCCAAAGGAUAUAGACUUGUUGGGCCAUCGAAAAGAACGUGUACGGAAAGCAAGCAGUGGAGUGAAACAAUGCCAAAAUGCGAAGAGAUACGUUGUCCAGAACCCAUCUUGGCCGAACACAGUAUCCUGUCCGUUACCAACAACGACAGGAUGUACGGAAGGACCUUGAUCAAAACGUCGGAGUCGAGCAGCGCAUCCAUUGCCACUUAUAAAGUGUCAGCCCUGGUUAAGUACCGAUGCGAAAGAGGAUACAAAAUCAUCGGAGAAUCUCUGAGUACAUGCGAAGAGACCGGUCAGUGGAGUGGGGCUGUUCCAGAGUGUUCAUAUGUGGAUUGUGGAGAACCAGAAGCUGUGAACCACGGCAAAGUGAUUUUAACCUCGAACGCAACCUAUUAUGGAGCUAUCGCCCUGUAUUCCUGUGAAACCAAUUACGAGCUUGAUGGCGUUUCCAGAAGAAUUUGCUUGGAGAAUGCUACAUGGAGUCUCCAGCCCCCAAUCUGUAGAGAAAUACAAUGCAAGUCGCCAGAAGUUCACAAUGGAGCUUCAUUCACGGUGGAUACUUACAGUGCGGGUGGUACAAUGCAAUACAGUUGUCCAAGGGGCCACAAUAUGCAAGGAAAUGCUACUAGGCAAUGUCUAUCCACUGGAAAGUGGAGUGGGAGACCACCUUUAUGUGUUCCUGUGGAGUGCGUGGAGCCCAAGAAACUGGAAAACGGACAUGUAAUCAUCACUAAUGGUACAAUUUAUAAUAGUGCAAUUGAGUACCAUUGCAUACCUGGAUUCAAAAGAGUGGGACCGUAUCUCAGAAAAUGUUUAGAGACUGGCAACUGGUCAGGAGAAGAGCCAAGAUGUGAAGUUGCUAUCGAAGAACCUCAAGAGAGCUCUAACUUGGGACAGAAUAUGGGCAUAGGAGCCAGCAUCGUUGUGAUACUUUUAAUAUUAUUAGGAUUAAUUUAUUUGAAACUGAAGACGCCCGUUCCUGUGAAAAAUACCGACAAUAUCCAGAGCGCGGAGAUGAAAGACGACAGGAGCGCAUCGGUGGUGAGCUACUCGACUUUCAGCGACAGGAACGGCUACAGGAUGCCAUCCUCGAUCUAUUCGAACGUAGACGACGAAAACAUGUACAAUUCCCCAUACGAAGAAACGGGCGGAGAGAGCGAGACAUACGAGCCUGAACCUGUCGGUAACGCCAUCACUAUCAAUGGCGUUUCUGUGCGAUGAAUUCAACCAAAAAUUGUAAUUAUUCUGUGUACAUUGUGUCUAUUGUAAAAUAAAUCUAUUUUAGGUAUA